AUGGUAUCCCAGGAGACAGUGGUUGAGGUGAGAGCAGCAUUAGUAGUAGCCAGGCAACAGCACCGCUUUCCGCUUUCUUCACAAGAUGUUGAUGAAUGUCGUAACAACAAUACAUGUACAAGGAAUGCAGAAUGUGUCAACACCAUUGGAAGUUUUUCCUGCAAUUGCAUAACUGGGUUUCAGACACAGUCAGGAAGUGUUGCCUCAAAUAGUCCUCAAGACAGUUGUCUAGAUAAAGAUGAAUGUAAUUCCACUGUCUGUCCUGAAAAUGCAGAAUGUCACAACACCAUUGGAAGUUAUUACUGCACAUGCAAUUCUGGAUUUCAUAGGAUCUCUGGGGCAGUUAACUUCACUGGUCUGCAAGAGAAAUGUGAAGAUAAUGAUGAAUGUAGUACGAAUAAUACAUGCCCAGGUGAUGCAAAAUGUAACAACACCAUUGGAAGUUAUCAAUGCAUUUGUGAACCUGGAUUUCAGAUUGUAUUGAAAGCAAUAAGCCUCAAUAAUACACAAAAAAGUUGUGAUGAUGUCGAUGAAUGCAGUGCAAAUAAUACGUGUCCUAAUGCAAAAUGUCACAAUACCUUUGGAAGUUAUCAUUGCGUAUGCAUACCUGGAUUUAAGAGUCCUUCAGGAGCAAUUAAUUUCACUGGUCCACUUGAGAGGUGUGAAGAUUAUGAUGAAUGUAGUAUCAAUAAUACAUGCCCUAACAAUGCAGAAUGUCACAACACCAUUGGAAGUUAUUACUGCACAUGUAAACCGGGAUUUAAGAGUCUCUCAGGGGCAGUUACCUUCACUGGAUCACAAGACAGAUGUGAAGAUUAUGAUGAAUGCACAAAGAAUAAUACAUGCUCUACCAAUGCACUGUGUCACAACGCAAUUGGAAGUUAUUACUGCACUUGCAAAUCUGGAUAUGAUAAUCUUUCAGAAAGCUGUGAAGGAAAUCCAUGCCAUUGCUGCCAAAGACAGGAUCCAAAUAUUCCACAGUGUCCUACUUCAAAUGACAUAUUUGUUGAAAGUCAGAAUUUAGUUGAAAAAAUAUUCGCAGUUGGACAGAAUAACUCAAGCACUGAGACACAGAGAGAAGAACAACGAAAGGAAAUAACAUCACUGUUACAGUCUGUGGAAAAAAAAGCCUUGCAUGACGCAUGGUCAGCAAUGAAUUCAAGUGGAACACAGGGAGAAACCAAAUACCAUCAUACAAACGAAACAGCUUAA